AUGGAUGGACCAAUGGUCGCGUUUGUUUAUCAAGAUCUCUCCGAAACAUCUGAUAGUACUCUUGGCGAAUUUGAAGAAAACAACACUUAUAUACUUCUUUGGAAAUCAUCUCAAAUUGAUUCUACAUAUCAAAAAUAUAACCUCUUGGCACAUUGUGAUUCAUUACUUGAAUGUUUUUCUGAUAUAUUUGCAUUUUAUCAUCUUCAUCAAGUAACAUUAAAAAAGAGACAUUUAUGUAUCAACAAGUCUAUUGGAAAAUUACUUCCACUUCUUAUCGAUACACCAAUUAUGAUGGAAGAUAUGAAUGAGUCCCUUACUAAAAAUAAUCAAUACCUUCGUGUAUUGGAUGCUAGGGUCGUUUAUGGUGAAAUGAGCAAAAAAGAUAGAGUAUUGAUUGAAGUCUUGGUGCAAAAUCUUACUUGGUAG